AUGUCCAGUCCCCUGGAGCAGGCGUUGGCUGUGAUGGUGGCCACCUUCCACAAGUACUCUGGCAAGGAGGGUGACAAGUUCAAGCUGAGUAAGGGGGAGAUGAAGGAACUUCUGCAGAAGGAGCUACCCAGCUUUGUAGGGGAAAAGGUGGAUGAGGAGGGCCUGAAGAAGCUGAUGGGCUCCCUGGAUGAGAACAGUGAUCAGGAGGUGGACUUCCAGGAGUAUGCUAUUUUCCUGGCCACUAUCACUAUCAUGUGCAACGAUUUCUUCCAGGGCUACUCAGCCCGGCCCUAA